AUGUCCCCAGCAGUGGCAGUCGCGGCUGUGCCCGUGGUCCUGGGCGCCGUGGGCUUCACUGCGACCGGCAUCACCGCCUCAUCCCUGGCGGCCAGUAUGAUGUCCAGUGCGGCUGUUGCCAACGGGGGCGGGGUGGCCGCCGGCAGCCUGGUGGCCACUCUGCAGUCAGUGGGGGCUGCAGGACUCUCCACCGCCUCCAAUGCUCUUUUGUUCUCUUCUGGGUCUGCUCUUGGGGCCUGGCUCUGGGGUCCAGGGACGCCCUCCUCUUCUGAAGAGGAAAGUGAAGAAAACUCCGAGCCUCCUCCCAGCCAGCCUUCACCUGAGUCCUGUGAAGAGCCUGUCACAGCCCCGACUUGCACCCUUGAGGAAUAA